UCCCAAACUCGUUUGACAUUUGUUAAAAAGCGACUUAAAAAAUUGUUGUUGAGUAGGGGGGUUAUAAUGACCCCUCCCUCUCUCUCCACCCACUCUUGUUCUUCUUUCUUCUUCUUCUUCUGCUGCUGGUGAUCGAAGAAGAGGAGGACGACGAACCGGUCUCUUUAAUUCAAUUCAUCACUAUAUAUAUAUAUACAGAUAAAGAUAGCUAUAGAAAUGGGAGUGUGUGUUUCAAAGCAACAAGGAUGCAUGCGUGUACGAAACAAGAAACAUAAUAAUCAUAAUAAUAAUAAUGAUAAUGUAGGAAUAAAAUCAUCAAGAAGAAGAAAAAGAAGAUUAAUAGGAGGAGGAGGACGGCGGAACAAAACAAAUCCUUAUUCUUCAUCUCGUCAAGUCGAUUCCGAUAAUCCUCAUCCUCCUUCUUCUAUUUCUAAUCCUACAAAUCAAGGGAGUACAGAGUGGUUUGAUACUGCAACGGGGUUAGAGUCUGACGAUGAUGACGAUUUUUACAGCACUCAAGAUGAUAUUGCAUCUCAAAGCAAUUCUGUCAGUGCAACAGUAACUCCAAGAGUUUCUGAUCAUGUCACGGGUUCUUCCUUUUCUACGACUGAUUCACUCGCAAAACCGACUGACUUACCACCUGCCAAUGGAUCUUUUGGGAUGCAGAACAAUUGCCUGCCUUGUCUUACUUGCACCACCUCCACAGAUAUAAAGAGUAAAUCAUCAUGUUCAAGCCCUCAAAGUGCAAAGAAGAAAUCUUUAUCAAGACUUUCCUUUAAGUGGCGGGAAGGACAGUCCAAUCUUUCUAUAUUAUCCCCAAGAGCUACUUUGCAGAGACCAAUUGCAGGCUCUCAAGUUCCAUUUUGUCCAAUAGAGAAAAAAAUGUCAGAUUGCUGGUCACCACUUGAUCCAAGUUCCUUUAAAGUGCGGGGACGUAAUUAUAUAAGAGAUAAAAAGAAAGAAUGUGCUUCAAAUCAAGCUGCUUUCUACCCUAUUGGUGUCGAUGUAUUCUUAUCCCCCCGAAAAAUUGAUCAUAUUGCACGCCUUCUUGAACUUCCCAGAGUUGAAUCAUCUGGAAAAGUCCCUCCAUUGCUUGUUGUAAAUCUUCAAAUACCUUUAUAUCCACCGGCACUAUUUCAACAUGAAUAUGACGGUGAAGGAAUGAGUUUUGUGCUUUACUUCAAGUUAUCCGAAAAGUAUGAGGAACUUCCACUGCAUUUUCAAGAAAACCUCAGGAAAAUAAUUGAUGAUGAGGUAGAAAGGGUUAAAGGUUUUCCAGUAGAUACCAUUGCACCAUGCAGGGAAAGAUUAAAGAUCUUGGGCCGGGUCACAAACUUAGAAGAUCUUCAGUUGAAUUCAGCAGAAAGAAAGCUUAUGAAUGCUUACAAUGAGAAGCCUGUCCUUUCACGUCCCCAACAUGAAUUUUUCCUGGGAGAAAACUACUUUGAAAUUGAUCUGAACAUGCACAGAUUCAGUUAUAUCUCUAGAAAAGGUUUUGAAGCAUUUCGAGAUAGACUAAAGCAUUGUAUCCUGGAUUUUGGGCUCACUAUACAGGGCAGCAAGGCUCAAGAAUUGCCAGAGUGUAUUUUAUGUUGCCUUCAGUUAAAAGAAAUCAAUUAUACCAAUUACAACCUGCUUGGGUUUUAAAUUUGAGUAUCUUCUCAUCUUUAUAUGAUUAUAGAAUUCAAAGUCCAUAGACUAUUUUCUAUGUUUCUUGUUGAUUUAAAAUUCACAUCUUAAAAGUAAAAAUCACAUUGAGAACUGGAAUUCUUUCCAAGUGUACAGCCAUAAACCAUUUUGAAAUCCAAAACAAGGCUUAGUUAGUCAUCUUCAAUAUAACUCGUCUCUUCAGUCUUCACAA